CAAAGUCUCUCUUUCUCUCACUAUCGGUACAGUCUCUUUCUCUCUCUAGUUUGCGGCAUUGCUCUGCAUCUUCACAAGCCGGCACGCCAUUACCACACCACUCCAAGCUUUCUCCCAUUUAAAAAGAUAAAAAAAUCUUUGUUUCUGAGACCAGGUCUCUUUGAAAGCUUCUUUAUCUCAUACAUCGAUCGUCAACGUCCAUCUCAGCUUGAGACGGUUCAGAUCCUCCAGCUUCUGCUCUGUACACGCCAUUAAGAUCUCGUCCAGUGCUUCUUAAGAAGCCCUAGUCUCCAUUUCCCAUAGGAUUCUUUAGUUGCAGAGAGAAGAAGCAAUGUUAUGAUCAAAACAUGGCGUUGAAAAUGAAGUAUUUUUUAGUGUUGAAUACAGUGACUUCUACAAAACGCGUUUUGUAGAGCAUUAAGUGAAGGGACCAGGUCCUGUUUGAAGGCUUCUCAUCUCCAUCGUCACCGUCUGGCUCAUCUUCUGAACGGUUCAGAUUUCUCUGUUCCCCGCUCUAUAUGUGCUUUUAAGAUCCAUUUGAGCAUAUGAAUGAGCCCUAGGGGUCUGUAGUUGCAGAAGAAGAUGCGUUUUUUUAUACAAAAAUGGCUAGCCAAUGAAAGAUUUUGACUGUUUUGAAUCUCCGGAGCUUACCCCUUUAUUUCAGGGGUUCUGGAGCCGAUCUGUACAAAAAGGUUGAUCACACAGGAUACGUGUUAUCUUAAAGUUGGAGAAACCUAUCAAAUUCUCACUUUGCUUAUUGGGUCAAAGCUGCGAAAGCCAUGAUGAAUUCAUCGGGUUCUAACUCAUUCAAACCCAGUAGAUCCAUGCGAUCGAAUGGUGACCCAGAGCUUCGAGCAAAGCCACCUCUUCCCCCGACUGUGGCCUUUGCAAGGAGAACCUCAAGUGGUCGCUAUGUGAGUUACUCUCAAGAUGAACUCGACAUGUCAGGGGACCUGAGCUCAGACUAUAUGAGUUAUACGGUCCACAUACCACCGACCCCUGAUAAUCAGCCCAUGGACCCCACCAUCUCGGCCAAGGUGGAGGAGCAAUAUGUAUCCAACUCCUUGUUCACUGGUGGUUUCAACAGUGUGACUAGGGCUCACCUCAUGGACAAGGUGAUCGAUUCAGAAUCAAGCCACCCUCAAAUGGCUGGAGCCAAGGGCUCCUCAUGUGCCAUUGAAGGGUGUGAUUGCAAGGUCAUGAGCGAUGAGAGAGGAGAAGACAUACUCCCUUGUGAGUGCAACUUCAAGAUAUGCAGAGAUUGCUAUCUAGACGCUGUAAAGACAGGCGGGGUUAUAUGCCCUGGUUGCAAAGAGCCUUAUAAGAAUGGAGGUGACUUAGAAGAAGUGGGUCUAGAUUCAGAGAGGCCUAUGCAUUUGCCUCUUCCACCAGCUGGGGGAAUGUCGAAAAUGGAGAGGAGGUUGUCUUUGAUGAGAUCUACAAAGUCUAUUUUGAUGAAGAGCCAAACUGGUGAUUUUGAUCAUAAUAGGUGGCUUUUUGAGACCAAGGGGACUUACGGUUAUGGAAAUGCUUUCUGGCCGAAUGAUAAUGAUGGGACUGGAGAGUCACCAUCAGAGCUGACUAGUAAGCCAUGGAGGCCCCUGACUCGCAAGCUUAAGAUACCUGCUGCUGUGCUUAGUCCUUACAGGCUUCUCAUCCUUGUUCGCAUGGUCGCUCUCUCCUUCUUCCUUGUGUGGCGUAUCCGCCACCCAAACCAGGAUGCCAUUUGGCUAUGGGGCAUGUCAGUUGUUUGUGAGCUGUGGUUUGCCUUCUCCUGGCUCCUCGACCAACUCCCAAAGCUAUGCCCAGUCAAUCGAGCAACUGACCUCCAAGUCCUCAAAGAAAAAUUCGAAGAACCCGGACCCCAUAACCCAACUGGAAAAUCUGACCUACCAGGUGUUGAUGUCUUUGUAUCAACUGCUGACCCUGAAAAAGAACCCCCUCUUGUAACUGCAAAUACCAUUCUCUCUAUCCUUGCAGCUGAUUACCCGGUUGAAAAACUUGCUUGUUAUGUAUCUGAUGAUGGUGGGGCUCUUUUGACUUUUGAGGCCAUGGCAGAGGCUGCGAGCUUUGCUGAUUUGUGGGUUCCUUUUUGUCGUAAACAUAAUAUAGAACCGAGAAAUCCCGAGAGUUAUUUUAAUACGAAAGGGGACCCAACGAAGAAUAAGGUGAAGCCAGAUUUUGUGAAAGAUAGGAGGAGGGUUAAGAGGGAAUAUGAUGAGUUUAAGGUGAGGAUUAAUGGGUUGCCUGACUCGAUUAGGAGGAGGUCUGAUGCUUAUCAUGCUAGGGAGGAGAUUAAGGCAAUGAAGUUGCAGAGGCAGAAUGGGGAGGAGCCAAGUGAGGCUGCGAAGGUGCCAAAGGCUACGUGGAUGGCUGAUGGGACCCACUGGCCUGGGACUUGGAUGGUUCCGGGGUCCGAGCAUUCAAGAGGGGAUCAUGCUGGAAUUAUACAGGUUAUGCUGAAGCCCCCAAGUGACGACCCAUUGCUAGGCACUGCUGACGAGAAGCUCCUCGACUUCACGGGCAUCGACACCCGCCUCCCCUUGCUCGUUUAUGUCUCCCGUGAGAAGCGCCCCGGCUAUGAUCACAACAAGAAGGCUGGUGCCAUGAACGCUCUUGUGCGUGCCUCCGCCAUAAUGUCCAACGGCCCCUUCAUCCUCAACCUUGACUGUGACCACUACAUCUACAACUCCCAAGCCAUGUGUGAGGGCAUGUGCUUCAUGAUGGAUCGCGGAGGUGAUCGCAUUUGCUAUGUUCAGUUCCCACAAAGAUUUGAAGGUAUCGACCCAUCUGAUCGAUACGCCAAUCACAACACCGUAUUCUUUGAUGUCAAUAUGCGUGCGCUUGAUGGUCUACAAGGUCCUGUCUAUGUGGGCACGGGCUGCCUCUUUAGACGAAUGGCUCUUUAUGGGUUCGACCCACCGAGAGCGACGGUGCACUCGGGGUGUUGUGGUCGCUCAAGAAAGGUAAAGGUGAAUUCAUCGACUAAGAAACCUGAAGAGACACAGGCACUGAGGAUGGGUGACUCUGAUGAUGAGGAUGCACAGUUGAAUCUCUCUUUGUUGCCGAAAAAGUUUGGAAACUCUACAUUCCUUUUGGACUCUAUCCCAGUCGCCGAGUUCCAGGGCCGGCCUCUAGCCGAUCACCCAGCAGUGAAAAAUGGUCGACCCCCUGGUGCCCUAACCUUCCCCCGAGACUUGCUCGAUGCAUCGACUGUGGCUGAGGCCAUUAGUGCGAUCUCAUGUUGGUAUGAAGACAAAACAGAGUGGGGGCAAAGGGUGGGUUGGAUCUAUGGUUCUGUCACUGAGGAUGUGGUCACAGGUUACCGUAUGCACAAUCGUGGGUGGAAGUCAGUCUAUUGUGUGACCAAACGUGAUGCCUUUCGUGGCACUGCUCCCAUCAACCUCACUGACCGUUUGCACCAAGUGCUUCGUUGGGCUACUGGAUCUGUCGAGAUUUUCUUCUCUCGCAACAAUGCGCUUCUCGCAAGCCCAAGAAUGAAGUUCCUGCAACGCAUUGCCUAUUUGAACGUAGGGAUAUACCCAUUUACAUCGAUCUUUCUCAUCGUUUACUGCUUCCUUCCAGCUCUCUCUCUCUUCUCAGGCCAAUUUAUCGUUCAAACUCUUGAUGUCAUGUUCCUAGUCUACCUCUUGCUCAUCACCCUUACUCUCUGCAUGCUCGCUGUGCUAGAGAUCAAGUGGUCAGGUAUUGAGCUCGAGGAGUGGUGGCGUAACGAACAAUUUUGGCUCAUUGGGGGCACUAGUGCUCACCUAGCUGCUGUGUUACAAGGCUUGUUGAAGGUCAUAGCAGGGAUCGAAAUCUCUUUUACCCUAACAUCGAAAUCGGCGGGAGAGGAUGUAGAUGAUGAGUUUGCGGACCUUUACAUCGUGAAGUGGACCUCACUUAUGAUAGCACCCAUAACUAUCAUGAUGACCAACCUCAUUGCCAUAGCAGUAGGAAUUAGCCGGACUAUAUAUAGUGUCAUACCGCAGUGGAGCCGGCUUUUGGGUGGUGUGUUCUUUAGCUUUUGGGUGUUGGCGCAUUUGUACCCAUUCGCGAAGGGGUUAAUGGGGCGGAGGGGCCGAACACCUACAAUUGUUUUUGUGUGGUCUGGGCUCAUAGCAAUCACAAUCUCACUCUUGUGGGUUGCUAUAAAUCCACCAGCUGGGAGCUCACAGAUUGGGGGGAGUUUCCAGUUUCCGUGAUGGAUUGGGUCGAUAAGAUUGUGAAGUUCUAUGAUGGCUUGGCUCGAUGAGAACUUGGGUAAUGAUCUAUUAAUUCGUUAAUUCUUUCACAGCGGUGGGUAUCUGCUUUCUAAAAGUACAUUCAAGGUUUUGUUUUAUUUAUCCCUGUCGAUCAUCUUGGGCGGAUUUUGUUCUUUGAUCUGCAGCAGUGGACUUAAUAUGAUUGUUCUUUUUUGCUGAUUGGAGCAGAUCUUUGGGUUGUCAUUGUAUUUAUCAUAUUUAAGGUUGUUGCCAAAAUCCUUGCAAUGGAUUGGACCUUUCUUCAGUUUUCUCUAAGUUUGCUCAGCAUUUUAAUAAUAUCAAUGACAACGACAAUAAUAAUUUAUCAUUUAUUGUA